CAUUAUCCAAUUACAUCAUCCUUCCGGCCUUCCGUGGCUUACUCUGUACUAUCCCUCUGAGCUUGAAAUCCACUACGAGGCUCGAGCUCUUUUUGAACACCUAUCCCACAUCUCGUUUACUAUUUUUCAAUAUGCGAUUCUCUACAGCCUCAGCUAUCAUUAGCUUGCCGCUAUUAGCAGCAGCAGAUGUCCCUGAGUAUCAAGCUCAAUUUGAAAACUACCUCGGCCAGGCGCAGACCUACCUGGGCAAGUUUGCCUCCAAGAUCCCUCACCCUAACAGACAUGAUCCCGUCGCUGCCGCCGAAGCUAAGGCCGGUGCCUUGAAUAUGGACGUGUUGAGCUUGAGCGGCUGGAAGGAUACUCUGUACGGGCCCGUCAAGCCUGAAAGCACAACACCAGAGGAGUGGUGGGUCCUUAUCACCGGUGGAAAUAGGACAUGCUUUGGCCAUUGUGGCAACGUCGAGGCUGCGUUCAACGAAACUGCCGCGAAAUGGGCUGUUACACCGGGUGCCCCGCACACUGCUAUGCUCAACUGCGAGGAUCAGCCUGUUCUUUGCAAUUCAUGGUCGGCCCCAGUUGGCGCCAUUUGGAUCUUCGAGAUGCUACCCGAACCGGCUCCGGUCGACAUCUGGACCAAGCGAUUCAACAUGACAACUGUCACUGCUGAUGACAUCGAUGCUCUACAGAAGGAGGGCUAUAAAUCCACUGCUAAAUUGCAUGACGGAUAUUUCCAUCCCUUCAACGGUCCUCUCGCCAAGAAUGGUGUCGCUGCCCCCCUUGGAUGGGUUCUGUAUGCCUUCAACCUUCUCCCUAGCUGGGCGUUCAUGGUUCUUGUUUCCAUCUUCAGCCGGACUAUGAUGACCAACCGAAUGACCCAACAAGCAGGUGGCCAACGCCCGGCUGCUGCUGGUCAGGCCGCCCCUAGAAGAUAGGUUGGAAUCUGUUAGAUAACACUUGGGAUAUCUUAUGGAAACUGGAUGGUUAUGGGGAAAUGCGGAUGAUAUGCUCAGGGUUC